AUGGAGUAUUUACGGCGAGUCAACGACGAGUUUGGCGAGCAAGGGAGCGGCGGCGUUUGGAUGGUAGCGGCGGCCUUCAACGACGUUCGGAUGGUAUCAGGUAGAGGCAACGUUCGGAUGGAACUACUUGCAGAGUUGUUGAUUGGCGUGUCGAGAUCGGCGAACAGCUUGAAGGAAUUCUGCACAAUCUUGCUCUUGGUAAUUGCUGCUGGAUUUUCUUUGGCCAUCGGAUCCAUAGAACAAGGACUUAAAGAUGGCUGGCAUGAUUGUGUUGGGAUACUCCUAGCUAUUUUUCUACUUGUAUUUUUCUCUUCGGUUUUAAGCUUUUGCAAGAAAAAAGCAGAGGAGAAGAAGCGUUUGAAGAUUAAGAACAACUUGAAAGUGACUGUGAAAAGACAUGAAGAACUAGUGGAGAUCUCUGUAUUUGAUGUUAAGGAGGGAGAGAUUAUCCAUUUGAAGAAGGGUGAUCAUGUCCUUGCAGAUGGGUUGCUAACAAAAGGUAAAAACAUGAUUCUGGAUGAAGCUAUCAACUCCCACAUUGACCCUCAUCGAAAUCCAUUUCUGUUCUCUGGUUCUGUGGUUGAAUACGGCGAAGGAGAGAUGAUUGCAGUGUCUAUCAAUCGCGACACUGCUUUUUGGAAAGGUCUGCUUGAUGUGAUUGUUCAUCCUUCACAGGAAACAUUGUUCCAAUCUAGAAUCAACAAACCAUAUGAAUUUAUUGAAAAAUUCUCUCUUGUAAUGUAUUUGAUGGUGCUGCUUGUUGUUCUAAUUCGUCUUCUAUGUAAAAAGAAUGAGCAUGGUAAUUACUACAAUGAUAAGCCUGAAAAUAAGGGGAAAUUGACGGUGGCCUUUGUAGGAAAUGCCUUUGAAAGAAUGUCCUUUGUGUUUGCGAAGUACAGAGUUUCCUCAGUCGCAACUGCUGUCUUAAUCAUAGUAGUAGGAAUACAGCAUGGGAUGCCUCUUGCAAUCACUGUUUCCCUCUUUUUCUGGAGAGAAAAGAUGAGAAGAUCUCACAAAGUAAACUGUCAGAAUCUGUCAGCUUGCGGAACUUUGGGACUUGUUUCUGUAAUCUGUGUUGACAUCACAGCUGAGUUGUCAUUUUAUGAUGUUGAGGUUGAUGAGUUUUAUGUUGGAGAAGAAAAGAUCAACCCUGGUAUGGAAUUUCAUCUUGAUAUUCAUCGAGGCAUUGAGGCAGCAUCCGGAGUUUUACGCUUUGAUCCCAAGACUACUGUUCGUUUAGAAAAUAAGCUGCUCGACUUCUGGGAAAAUUCAGGAUUGAAAAUCAAUAAUGAACCUGAUCUUGAUGAGAUGUUUGACAUUAUUGAUCAUAAAUUCUUGAGCUCAGAGAAGGGCAUUGGAGUAUUGGUGUACAAAACUAGAGGGGGAGAAACUGGAGCAAAUCUUAUUCACGAGAACUUUUAUGGUGAUGCAUCGACUAUUCUGAAUAUGUGCUCAAAUUACUAUGACAUGGGAGGCAGAAUUCAUGACAUAGAAAACAGAAAAGAUGUGUUGGAAAAGAAGAUUAGAGAAAUGGAAGAAAAGGGUUUAAGACCCAUUGCAUUUGCUGGUAAUCAUACAAAUGAUCAAACAGUUUUUGAAGGAGAGUUAAAGCUGCUUGGAUAUAUGGGUCUUAAGAUCUCACAGCAAGAAGUACUACGUGCCUUGAAAGAUCUUAAAAAUAAUGGUAUAAGAAUCAUAUUAACAUCAGAAGAUAAGCUUUCUACGAUCAUAAACAUGGCUGAUGAUCUUGGAAUUCGGUGUGAUCCCAACAACAAGGAGAUUGAAGGUGAAAGAUUUAGGGAAAUAAUGAAGAUUGAUGGAAUGGAUAAAAAUGAGCUAAUGAAGUCCAUUACUUUGAUGGGGAAAGCAACCUCUGACGACAAGCUUGUCUUAGUAAAAGAAUUGAAAGCUAAUAGAGAAGUUGUUGCUUUUAUAGGAGGUUUGACAUCAGAAGAUCUUCCAACUUUGAUAGAAGCUGAUAUUGGGAUUAUACAAGAAAACAGAAGUACUAAAGAAUGUAAACUGGUUUCUGAUCUAAGCUAUGAAGAUGUUACAUCCUUAAACCAUACACUAAAAUAUGGCAGAAUCAAUUACCUCAACAUUCAAAAAUUCUAUCAAGUUCAACUCGCUGCUUCAAUCUCUGGGCUUCUAAUAACUUUGAUCUGCACCAUUGUCUCUGGAAAAUCACCCAUAACCUCAUUUCACCUUACAUGGAUGACUUUGAUUAUGUGUCUUCUUGGUAGCCUGAUGAUGGUAAUGGAAUCAAGUGAUGAGGAAGUCCGAAACCUUGUCGGAGGUGGCGAUAGGAACCAAACUCUGAUAACUCGAGUCACUCUGAAGAAGAUUGUGAUCCAUGCUCUCUGUCAAGCUUCUGUUUUCUUGAUUUUAGAGUAUGUGGGGCACAAGAUUGUACCCCAGAUGAAGGAAGAUGUGAAAGAAACCAUGAUUUUCAAUACUUUCAUUCUCUGCCAAAUGGCAAAUCUUCUUGGUGCUAUCACCGUGGGAUUGGUGGUGGUUAUUGAGGUUGAUGGAACCAUUGUAAAUGGUGUGAAACUAAGUGCUUUGCAAUGGAUUAUUUGUUUCCUUUUUGCAUCGGCACUUGGAUGGGCUUCUUACAUAUUCUUCCACUUUGUUCUCCAUUGA